UUUUAGCGUCCUUCAUUGCAGCAAGUGCGUCAGUUACAACUGAUCAGCACGGUUUCCGUCGACUUCCAGGCGGUAGCACCAGCGCCUCGAAGAGACUGCUUGUUUACGCAGGGUAAAGUUGACACGGCACUGCCGAGCCAGAGCCAGAAGCUCAGUGAGCGUCCUGUACGACGUGUCGAACGUCGCGAGCUUGCGGUUUGCGCACAGAACCACUGGCCUCCGAGGUCGCAGCUGUGACCCGCGACGCCUCGUUGCAACAUCAGCGGCUGCAGUGAAUACCUGAAAAAGGAACGAGCUUGAUUAAAGUUGGGAAUUAUGCCGUGAGUUCGAUGGAGGACACGUUAAAACAUGUGUAAAAGACGGAAUUAGUGUUGGCCGGUUGAUUCUUCGCACUUGCAGUGAACCGACUUUGAGGAGGCUUCGCCAGUCUGCGCGUCUCUUGCACCUGCCGCUCUUCUUUGUCCGGCUGAGGGCUAGGCGAGGCGCUGGUGGUGGGAGCGUGUCUGCUGAGCGUGGUGCGAGCGCCCUGCGCCAUGUCGGCGCCCCUGGACCGCGGCCAGCCGCUGUGGGUGAACCCGUGCGGCGUGGUCGUCGCCGUCAAUCCCGGCGGCGGGUCCGAGUUCACCGAGUUCACCACCCCCGUCGUCAAGGACGAGGAGCUGCUCACGCAGAUCGUGGGGCAGGCCAGGACGGCGCUGGGGCACGCCGAGACCUUCCGCGACAAAUACGUGGAGAGCACAUUCAAGCUGAAGCUGCAGGACCACCACACGGCGUGGCGCAGCAACCAGUACGACUGGCUGCCGGGGCCCGAGCAGAUCCCCAAGAGCCUGGGCGAGACCCUGGACCCCGAGUACCUCCAGACGGUCCAGUUCGAGCAGGCGCUCAAGGACUCGUACGAGUACCUGCAGAAGUACGCCGUGGGUCUGGAGCAGGUGGUGUCCGACCAGUACGAUCACAACGGCGCCUUCCUCAGUGAGUUCAAGGACGCCGAGUACAACGUCAGAUCGACGCUGUGCGAGAUCCAGCUGGGCAUGAUGGCCAAGAACGUGACGCAGAAGCCCGACGUGGCGCGCGACAUCAUGGCGGACGAGUACCGCUCCAUGGGCAACUCGUCGUACCGCAACCUGCGCGACUGGCUCAUCUUCAGGGACUACAUGAACGGCCUGGAGUACGUGGUGCAGGUGUUCGAGUACGUGCGGGACCACCUGGCGGCGUCCUGAGGAACUCCGCGCGCGCCGCGACGCCCCUCAAGCCCCGCCGACGAGGGGUCGCCCUCCCUAACUUAUUUCGCCCGCAGCCCGGACUAGCUCGCCUAUUUAUUUAUUUGUUUCCUAGUUUUUUUUACAAAUAUACCUAUAUAUUAUUUUGUGAUUUCCCACAUAUUAGAGUACUGUUUUUUUUUUUGUGUGUGUGUGGAAUAAACGCCGCCCCGCGCAUGUGACACUGCGCCGUGGCAGUAUUCAUUGCACCGGCUCUCGACUGCGCGAUUCGACAGUGACAGCCGGACUCCUAUUGGCUGUGCCUCGGCGCAGACCCAGCGCUGGUUGGCCGGCAGCGUCGCAUGUGACGUCACCUGCGCGGCCUGUGUGCUCUGUAUCCCACGUGCGAGUUUCUUUUUUUACACCGAUAUGAAACAUAGCUAUGGUGAAUUGACAUUCCGACAACUUUUGUAGUUUGGGCGUACAUCAUUUUUAAUUUAAAUCUUGUGUUGAAUAUUUUUAAAAAAAAAUAAUAUAAUCUCUAUUUGGAGUAUUAGGGACGCUAAGAAGCUCUCGUAACUCCUAAAAUAUAAUGCCAAAGUUAGGGAGCUGUAUUGUUAUUAUUAGGGGCAUGCAGAUUUUGCGAAAAGAAUUUGAGACUAGAUGAAAGUUAAAAACAGUGUUUCGUGAUUGGGCGAGUUUCUCCCAGGUACAUAUCGAUUGUAACAACACCAAUCACAGUGAUUCAGUGCGGAAGCAAACGCGCCCUGAGUGGCUCGGUCAAAUAAGGCAACGACAACUCUCGCAGACGGCCGCCAAUCACAAGGAAGAAACCACAGGCACGGGUAUACCUUGUUGCAGUCUGAUAGGCACUCGGAUCUUUUCGCGAAAAAUGCCUGCCCCUAGUUAUUAUUUUUAGAAGCGUGGUUUUUUUUUCUGAGAUCACGUUUAUUGUAUUUUGCGCGACGUCCGACUUGUAUUUCGAGCCGAAGCACCGCUCGAGGUCACCACGUCGUGCGACUGGCGUGGGUGACGUCACGGUUACGGCCGACCGUCCAAGUCAGGCCGACGAUGGACUCGGACAGCGCGCGCCAGCUGUGCGCGGUCAGAAGACACCAGCGGCGCCGACUUUGGACGGCUUGUUACUAGGGCCAUAUACAGAAUGUCCAUUAAACAAUGUCCCGUUUCAACGGUAUAUUAUAACAGUUUGAUUCACACUAUUUUACAACAGAUACAUCAAAUUGAAUGUAAACUAAUCUAGUUUUUUCUUUUUACAAAAGUAUACAAUUCUUCCCACACAUUGGUCAACACGUUGGGAGUAAUGGAAGCAAGAACCUUUCCAUUCUGUAUAUCAACUCUGGCAAAUCAUUAGGCAGCGGCGGAACGUUAGACACGAUCUUUUAUAAAAGCCCCAAACGAAAAAAAUUAUAUCGCAUGACGUUAUGUCAGGUGAACGUGGAGGCCAGCGUAAAAGAGCUCUGUCGUCUCGACCAUUACGACCAAUCCAACGGUCAGGGACUCCAUCCUGUUGCCAAAUAAAGUUCACAGGUUCACCCUCUACUAAUUGGGGAAAGAGCCUCUCGUUCAACGUAGGUGGCGCUGCAAGCGAGAAAAAAAAAACGUAUUCGCGCAUGCGCUUAGCUGAAACUGUUUUGAGUUACUCUGUAAUUGUGACCUUGAACCAACACUCCACGACGCUUACAGUCGAUACUGUUAAAAAUUCAUAACUGGGACAUUGUUUCAUGGACACGCUGUAUAUUUUUUUUUUCGCUAAAAAAACAAAAUUGCGCUCGUUGGACUGCAAUGAGGUAUGCCUGCGCCGACAGUUUCUUCGUUGCAAUUGGAGCCCUUCUUCCCUUCUGCAAGAGACAGUGGGCCAGGCCAGUCGGGGCGAGUUUGCGCCCGCGCAAAGUUGCUGGCGUCUCGUGUGCCCACGUGCCUGAGAGUAACUCGACCAUCCAAGCACAGACGGUGCUGCGAUGUUUUUAACUCGAAGCUGUUCUGCUUACCGACCAGUAGGCCUGUCGAGAACGUGUGUCAUGGCGGACGAACCCUUCGCAUCGUCGAGCUGAUCGAAUCUCCAUAGCACUCGUGCCGAGUUUCCGUUGCGUGUAAAGUGUUUGGUAUUUCGUGAUGUUUACGUUAGUGGGUGAUGUUGGAGCCCCAAAUUGCAAACGAACGCACGCGUCGUUCGCUCUCGCUCGGGACAGUUCUGUCGGCACCCACGCGCAGAGGGCAGUGUGUGUCCACCUACAGGCAGGCUUGGUCCGCGCAUCAGUAUUACGUCGCCGGCCAAUAGGCGGCGCCGAGGGUCCCGCGCGCAUGCGCUGUAGGCCUCCAGCGGCAAGGAACUGCGCGCGGUCAGAACUACUGCAAACCAGCGGCAGUUUCAUCCUCUGGACACAGUUUCCCAGCCAAGUGCUAACGUUUUGCAGUAUUUUUUUUUACAGUUACGUGUAUAGAGUUUAUUUCCUAUUUAUGUGUAGUGAGCAUUAGCCAGUUUUACCACAUGCUAACAAAUAUUUUUUAAGACUGCUUAUUAAUAAUAUUUAAAUUAUUUUAGUUUUACGUCAUAAAUGAAAGGGGAAGCGGUCUUUUUUGUAAGGCUUGACAUCGACGAUACAAAAAAAUUUAUCACUUAAAAUUCAAAUACGUAUUUCAUAAACAUCUUAAGAAAAUGAGGUUCUGAAUAGAAAAAUCAACAUACAAAAAUACAUCUGGCAAAAUGAAUAACAGAGAAAAGACAGAUGAACAGGAGUUUAUAAUAAAAUUUUAUUUUCUAAAUAAAAUUCCGCAGUUUUUUCAUGUCACUAUUGGAGCUUGAAAACGUCUGUGCCUUGAAACUAAAAAGCCGCUAUAAUUAAAAGAUUUCAUGCCUGAAGCAUGUACUGGGUUCUAAGACGAAUAUUUUUGUGUUACCAAAACAGCCUAAAUUUUACAUGUUGGUCAUUGUUGUAUGUGCAUUAUGAACGGAAAGAAAACUACACCACUUUGACAGUACACAGUAUAAAUGUAAAGUAUAAAUGUAAAAAGUAAGUGAGAUGUGGUGUGAAUAAUUGCCGUGCUAAGUGAUUACUAUAGCGCACUCAGUUCCUUGCCUUGAGUAUAGUAACCCAUACACAUUGUAGAUGCUAUGUACGAGGCAGCGUAGACUUUAAAGUUAAGUGUAUUGUUAGAGUAAUUAUAAAUCAGUAUUUUCGUGAGCCAAUGUGUUUAUAAAGUGUACAUUGUAUAACUAGAUUUAGCAUAAGUAUUUGUAAUAAUCGUGUAUUUAUUUAUUUAUUGCUGUGCUAUUUAAAUAUUAUAUAUUAUUGUAAUCAAGAUUUGUAUCUCCCACUGGGUAGAUAUGUUCAUUAAAUGUAUUAUUAAAAUAAUUGCUAUUAUUCUCUGCGUAGAUCAGCAACUACUUUGAGACUGUGAUAUGAUUGUAAUUUAUUGAAUUUGUUUUGUGGAAUAUGUAAUAAAAGGCUCUUGAAAUGUA